GAGCUCUAGGUCCUGCAUCAGAGCUCAACUGUCGGGCCAUUCACCUCCCAAACCCCGCAGAACCUCACCUUCAGCUGCAUCGUCAUCAUUAUUUAUACGACACAUUCCUCUCUUGGCUUUCACCUCUUUACUUCCCUUCUCUCUCAUUUCACCCGCCAAGAUGGAUAACAUGGCUUCUCUCAAAGAUACUCUUACCGCCUCUGGAGGCGCGGAAUCUGCCGGAUUCCUCAACGACAUCAUCGCCCAGCUAUGGCCCAACAUCAACGUCGCAGGCGGCAAGAUCAUCAAAGAUGUCGUCGAACCCAUGCUUGACCAGAUGCUUCCAGGUCCUCUCGCGAACCUCCGCUUCGUUAAGCUGGACUUUGGACCUACACCCAUCAGAUUCUCAAAUGUUGACGUGCACAAGACCGAACUCGAGGGCAUCAAACUUGAUAUGGACUUGAAUUGGGAUGGCAAGUGCGAUUUCGAGCUUGAUGCGUCGAUGGUGCCCAAGAUUGGUAUCGAGCAUGUGAAGAUGAGGGGAAGACUUUCCAUUCUGCUUUGUCCUUUGACAAACGUUAUCCCACUGAUCGGAGCUGCUCAGGUGGCUUUCAUCAACCCCCCUGAGCUAUCUCUCGACUUUACCGACGCCGCUAACAUCGCCGACUUCUCCUUGAUCGACAAGACCGUCCGCAAGGUCAUUCUCAACAUCAUUUCCUCCAUGGCCGUCCUCCCCAACCGCUUCCUCGUCAAGCUCGACUCCUCUAAUGAUUACUUCAAGACCUUCCAGCCCCACCACGGUGUUCUUCGCCUUACCAUUGAUAACGCAACUGAGAUUACGGGCGAGAAGAAGAGUGGCGCCAAGAGACUACUCCAGAAGCUUGUCAAGGAUAUUCCCGACUGCUACUGUGAUGUCAACGUCGGUGCUGAGGGAGAGUGGCGAACUUCGACUAUUAAGAAUAAACACGACCCUCAGUGGAACGAGACUCACGACUUCCUUGUUACAGAUUACGAACAGCGCAUUACCAUCGAUGUGAACGAUGAGGACUUGGGCGGUGACGACGAUAUUGGUAUUGCUACGACAACUGUCAAGCAACUGCUCUUGAACGGCGGUAGCCAAACCCUCACCCUGUCGCACAAGGGCCAGCCCCUUGAGACCAAGGUGACUAUCCACGGCAAGUUCUUCAACUUUGUCGGCGAAUCCAACAGCAUUUCCGCCAGUAGCCAGAACGAAGGCGAAAUCUGCGGUCUCGCUACCGUCCUCAUCGCCAGCGUUAAUGGUCUAAACGGCCAACGCGACGAGCUCAAGCCCAGCGUCAAGGUGACCUGGGGCGACAAGGAAUUUGUCACUCCCGUCAAGAGCUAUAGCCCUGGAACGGAUAUCUUCAACCCAUCUUUCGACACAGCUUUCCGGUUCCCUAUUACCGCGGAACAGCUUUCUAACCCGCACAGCUUCAAGCUUAGCCUGCAGAAUGGUACGAGCGAGCAGGGAUCUGUCGAUAUUUCUUUUGAUAGUGUGACGGGUGCUAAUGGUAUGAACCGUGAGGAGGAGUUUGAUGUUGGAUCUGGUGCUACUAUCCGAGCUCGUUUUUCUAUCCGUGGAUUGCAGCUCGCUGAAUGAUUGGGGGCGAAAAGUGUGGACGAUGUUCCUGAAGCAUGAUGCGAUACGCAUGCCUAGUAUGAAUUAUCAAACAAUAAAUAAUUGAUUCUUUCAAUUAUUGAUCAAGCACAGUAUAGAGAAACAAGGAAAGUGAUAAAGUAUAACGCGCCUCGCCUCAAGACUGCCCCAGAUACACUCACUACCUAGUUGAUCUUACAGUUUAAGGUCGCGCAUUAUGUCUAAGCCUAAAAUAUGCAUAAAUUCAGUAAUAUUUAUUUACUUUUAUAGCGAUUUACCUC